AUGCAGGCCCGGGUCCGCAUGGACGAUGGGGAGCUAUCGGACUGGUUCCUGGUCNUGGUGUGCCAACUCCAGGAGCUAGGGCGGAGGAGGAGAAUCCCGCUCUACAUGUGCUUCAUCGAUCUGCAGAAGGCCUACGACUCGGUGGACCGGGAGCUAUUGUGGAAGGUGCUGGCCCGGGCCGGGAUCCCCGCGGAGUUGAUCGCCGUCAUCCGCAAGUUCCACGUCGGAAUGCAGGCCCGGGUCCGCAUGGACGAUGGGGAGCUAUCGGACUGGUUCCUGGUCACGCAGGGACUGCGACAAGGGUGCUCAAUGUCCCCACUGCUGUUCAACGUGUUCGUCGCCGCGCCUCUCGAGGGAGCUGAGAGGUUUAUGGCCUCUUGGCACAAGGGCGAGGAGAAGGCCAGCCGACAACGAGCCAUCAAACGAGAUGACAGCGGGCCCAAAAAUAGUCUAGAUACGGCACCAAUCAACGGGGCGGGAGGGGGGCGGGAGGAAACGGCGCGGGAAGAAAGCAAUCGAGAAGAGACCGACCGCGUGACGUGACAUGUUUCCGUUGAAUUUCAGCGACUAGUUUUCUGUUGCCCUCUCCCCCGUUUGGUGCCGCGUUCAGACUGUCUCUACGGAUAUCCCGGUAUCUGUGCGAGUUUGUUUCUGUCCUCGUCUGUCUUUGGUUUAUUUCGUAUUUGUUUUUGUUUUUUACUGGCACGUACUGUUGACCCUUGGGGUCCUUCCGGAAGGCUACCCCCCAGGCUGGUGGUGCGCACGUUCCACUAU